AUGUCACAAGAAAGCGAAGAGGAGCGAGAAGGUGUUGAGAGCGGUGAGGUUGAAUUAAGUCUUUUCGCAAGGCAAAACGAGGAUGCUUUACACAAGAUAUCCCAUUACCUCUCGAAUAAACGUAGAAAGCCGUGCGAUGACUCAAACGUAUUACCCAAACAUAUGGGACCGAACAAGUGGGCGCUCGGUAAGAACUUGUCCCAAAUCCAAUCUAUCUCAGUGCCAUCAAGAAUUAUUCCGGGUAUAAACAUUAUUCCUGCGCACCCUGCAGUACCACUCCCGGAGUAUCUUCAUAAAUGGCACCAAGAUCACGAAGAGACAUUCCCUUUUCAAAACCUCACACACUCCAUUGUUGAGGAUCCACUUUGUAGCAUGUCUAUGUCCUUGAUGCACAGACUGUCCGAGCCUGGAUAUUGCGCAUAUAUUCGACAAGCAGUUGAGGAAUUUUUUCAAGAGGAAAAUCGUCGUCAUCCUGAGUUUAGGAUUCCCAUGGUCAUUAUUGUUCCCCAGAGAACAAGACCUACUCCUUGCCGUGACUGCAUUGGGCAAGCUAUACGAGUGGAGGUAGGAAUUCAAGGGCAGUAG